CUGGAGGGCGCAGGUAAACAGAGCGGUCAGGUGUGGCGGUGCAGGCAGCGGUGGUGUGUCUCUGGUGAUCAUUUCCUCACGAUGGUCAAGUUAACAGAGGACAUGGUGGUGGCCCGGUCCAGGGGGUCGGAUAUACACAACGUCAAGAAGCUCAACUGUUGGGGAAGUGAACUUUCUGAUGUAUCAGUUGUGAGAAAACUGCCAAAUGUUGAAGUUCUGUCUCUCAGUGUGAAUCGUAUCAGCACACUAGCAGACUUCCAGUACUGCCAGAAUCUUCAGGAACUGUACAUCAGAAAGAACAACAUUACAGAUAUCAAUGAGGUUCUGUAUCUUCGUGCACUACCAAAACUCAAAAGUCUUUGGUUAGCAGAUAAUCCAUGUGCAGAAUUUGAACAGUACCGCCUCACUGUACUUCGAGCACUGCCACACCUGCAGAAGUUGGACAAUGUGGCUGUGGACUCAGAGGAAGUGCAGAAGGCCAUGGUAUGUGGCAUUCCUCUGCCCGCUGACAGAGGCGGGGAGGAGAGGGAGAUGCCACGAUCCAGCAGUGUGGGGGAGUCCCUGAGGAGUGAAUCAGGUGGAGGGAGCAGCCUGUCUGACAGCUCCCCUCCUUCCUCCGAGAGACGAUACUCCCAGACCACCACCCCAACACGGCCUUCUCAGCAGGAUGUCUAUGAGCAGUCCUUGGAUGAUGGCUAUGAAUACUCUCAGAAUGUGUACGAUGACGAUGAUGAGCAGCCAGUUACUCGCCGCCAGCAGGGUUACCACUACGCUGCUUCCGACCCCGAACGAAGGAUCUCCCAACACUCUAACCACGGAUCCUCGCCUCAGCAGUAUUAUGGAGGGAGGAGAACAAGUCAGCAGAGACACCAGCAGUUAACUUCAUCGAUAGGACAAACGCAGUACACAAGGAGGCUCCCCGUCAGUCAGGCACCAAGUGGUUACCAGAGCGCCAACACAAAUGGUCACUACUAUCGGGAAGCUGACAGCAGGGAGAGACAACACCAGGAGUCUUACUACCAGCCACAGAGUCCAUCACGUCGCAACAGCCAGAUGGUUGCCGAGGAUAGCCACGGAGACACACGCGGGUACAUUACAUCACCUGAGUCCUCUUGCACUCACAAUGCUGACUAUGAAUUCGACUCACGCAAUGCUAACUACCUGAGCCGGGAGGACACGGCUCCCAGGUACACCAGCGGCACUAACAACUUUCCCCCCACCCCAGAUAAUUCUGACAACAAUGCCACUAACAACAACCCACAAUGCCCCCUUCACCGGCGCUACAGCCAGGAGCCGCGGGACCACCGAUGGUGUGAAGUUGAGGAGCGUGAGCGUGCAUACAGUCGUGGAGACGGCUAUGGGUAUGCCUCGCCUCCCUCUGAGGUGCAGCAGCCUUCUCCUGCAGCCUACGAACAGAGAUCAGUGUCGCAGGAGCCUCGCUAUGUCAGACAGGGGGAAAACAGAGCAGUGCAGCAAAACUAUGAUAAUGCAUACCGACAGGCAGAGCAACACAUGGACUCUGCCACUAGAUCUGUGACAUCAGAACGCUCCUCUCCAACAAAACCUUACCCUGCCAGACCAAAGACUAGGAAUGCAAAUUUACUCUCGGCUGUGUUAUGUCUGGUGAAAGAGUUGGAUUACACCAGCCUGGAGGUUGUGGAGAUGGCUGUGCGCUGCCGCAUGGAGGAGCUCGAUGACUGAGUGUGAGUGGAGCAGCCAUCCUCAUUACUGGUGUGUGCUGCUGGCUUUCUUAGAGCUCCUGGGAGUGGUGAGUCAUAUCUGUGCCUGGAACUUGCAAAGAAAAUAUAUAUAUAUAUAUAUAUAUAUAUAUAUAUAUAUAUAUAUAUAUAUAUAUAUAUAUAUAUAUAUAUAUAUAUAUAUAUAUAUAUAUAUAAACUGCUAUGUUGCCUUUUACUUUAUGGUAUGAAAAGAAGAGAUGAAUGGUACUUAAUUUUUGUUACUUUUUAAAAUCUAAACACAGGUUGUAUUAUAAUGUGUUAGUUUGUUUUAUUGAACUGUGCUAUUGGUGAAGUCAUGUCCCCAGGCUACAGAACUCCCAUUUUACUCCCUUUUUUCUACCCAAAUAUAAUAUUCUUGCAAAGAAUCUCAUAUAUUAAUUCCUAUGGGAUCUAACACCCUAACAAGAGAUCUGUAGAACUCUUCUAACGUGCAUGAAGGAUUUCCUCCAUGUGUAGAAAACUUGGUGAUGUUACUGGUUUAUGAUUCUCUUGAAGCUUUAACAUUAUGUUCUCUGAUACUAGUACCUUAAUAGAUAUUUUUAAGUUAAUAUUAGAUAUUUGUUAAUUUUAGUUUAGUAUAGAGUUAUGUUAUUAACAGUACAAGGUGUACACUAAAUACCACUGACUGUUUCUUUUGUAGUUCACAGUAAUUUACAUCUUUUUGUGAAAGUUUUUCAUUUUUAGUAGGCAAGGUUGAUGGCAAAAAAUAUUUCUUAGUUUCCUAGAAAUGACUGGUCAGAAAAUACUACAGACUGGGAAUAAUGUACCUUUCAAAAUAGAAAAUGUAAAUUUUGAAUAUUUGUUAUUUUAAUUUUUAUGAUUUCUUAUUUCAAAACAGAUAAAGAUAAAAAUUUAAACUUAAACCCAGUGAUGUAGUAUAAACAAACAAAGCAUUUUAUGCAUUCAUGAGACUUUCUAAAUUCCAUGUAAUUCAUUUGUGACUGACCUUCAUGAAUAUACUUGAAUACAUCAGGAGAGUAAGCAAUAAGGAAUGUUAUUAUUACAAGAUGCUAUUGCAGUGAAAGAUUAGGUUAUGAUAAUGUUAGGCAAUCAUACAGGAAGUCAUACACUAUACUAGAUCAAAUGUAAGUGCAAUCAUUGAUGAUGGUAAUAUUUUACCAAGGUGAUAUGUGGCAUCUCCCACUGAUGUGUUUUCAUGCUCAUCCUACUCUGCAUCAGCAGUAUGAUUGAAGGGAAGUCAAGCUUCUCCAGUUUGGUGCAUGCUUUUAUUGGGUCAAGGACUGGAGACUGGAAGCACAUUCAUUAAUUUCCUUUGUAAGGAUUUCAUUAUUAUUUAAUUUGUUACAUACUUUCAAAUUGAGGCCACUCACUAUAUAGUGAUGGGUUUCUUGUUUCACUGGUGGCUGCAAGUUUAUCUGUCCCUGGCUGGAUAGAUCAUUUGUUUUGUUAUUUCUCCACACUGGUUGUGAGGAUCAUUGUUGAUAAACUUACUCCAGCUGGUUUUUCUCUUUGUUUUGUAGCUAUCUACUUCCUUCAAGUUCUUUACAAAAUCAUUGUCUUAUGCUGCUCUUGGUCAUAUAUGUUUUUCUAAUUCUAGAAAUUUGAUUAUUGAAUUAUUUUUUAAUUUUUAGACAGCAUUGAGGAUAUGGAAUCUGCCUAUUAUUUAGAGAUUUUCCACUAGAAUUUUUGUCUUAAUUUAUUAUAAAUAUUUAAUGCAUAAUCACUGUUCACAUGCAUUGAUUUUUAGGGGGUAAAUCAAAGGAUGGAGAGGUAAAUAUUUUAGGUGAUGAGUCAACAAUGCUAAAGGCUUCAGAAAGCUAAAAUGGAAGGGUGUUUAGAUGAUGAUGUGAUAAGGACCAUUCCUCAUUUUUAUUUUUGUACAAAGCCACAAGUAACUUAACUCAAAACUGGAUAAGGUUACUUGAAAAAUAUUGAAUUCCUGUAAACUCUCAUUGUUUUGUUGUCUACCUGAUUUGUCAACAUCCGGCCAAUUGGAGAUAAGAAAUACAUAAAUGAAUGAAUGGUUUUAGCUUUUUUAGCUUUAGUGAAUGUGUUUAGUAAAUGUGCAAUUCUAAUUUAUUAUCUGAAUGGCUCUAAAAAUAAGGUAAGACAUUGUGUUUCUGUACAGUGUCAUGCUUUUGUAUUGAAUUGUUAUAUUUUGAAUUAAUGCUUUUUAGUGAGUUUAGUUUGUGAGAGCCAGACUUUGCCAAUAAUCCAUAUAAUGUUCAGAUGCCUCCACCACCAGCAGGAACUAAAAGGCUCAGGUUUGUGUGCUUGAGAUGAAGAGUGCAGGUACUGCAUUGGUUGUUUUGCAUCAAUACUAAAUGAUAUAUGCUGAUUCUUUGAUUUUUAUAUUUUACUGUAGCAAUAGUUAUUUUGAUAUUGUCUAUGCAGCUGUUUUAUGUGGUUACUCUAUAGGUUGUACUGUUGCGCACUCUUAGCUAGAAAAUUGUGGCAAUUAAUAUUUAUUAUUGCAUAGUGUUGAUUUAGAUGAUCAUCUUGAAACCUGACAAAAUAUUUUGAUUCCAAAGUUAACUAAGAAUUAUUGAUAAUGAAUACUGUUUUGUGUUUUAUGUGCAGGAAACAAAUUGUUCUCCAAAGCAUCAUGUACAAAGAAGCAAAACUGAAAUAUAAGAUAGUAUAUUUCCUGAAUACAUGAAUUUAAGGAUUACUCUCACCAAUCCCAUGUUAUGGUUCAUACACAACCUUAGAUUAUUCAGCUGCUUCAUAAAGUAAAACAGACUUGUAAGACAUGUACCAUUUAUCUGUUGUUAUAUGAAGCACAUAAGCAUCCAUUCCUAAAGUAACAUCUUGGUUUUAAUACAUGUAAAUGCAUAUCAUCAGUCAUGCCACAUCUGUAUCUGCAGUAAAUGUGACCAUAAUUUUCUGUCUGGAUGAUUAGGAUAUCAAUAUGUAAUAUAUAUAUAUAUAUAUAUAUAUAUAUAUAUAUAUAUAUAUAUAUAUAUAUAUAUAUAUAUAUAUAUAUAUAUAUAUAUAUAGUAAAGCUAUUUUGUACUGAGUGUUUCGUAGUGGCUGCUGUGAGUGUUCUCUUGUUCAUCCUGUUUCAGUCCUAAUUUUGUCUGAUAUGUUAAUUAUCUUUUGCUUCAAGAUCAAUUUAAGUACAUUAAUAUCUUAAUGAAGAUGAAUAUUUUGUUUCCUUGAAGACAAAUGCAAUGGUUUUAGUGCAUAUUUAUACCUCAUCAUUUGACAACACUAGUUUCUGAUAUUGCUAAGAUCAAACAGUGACCAGCCUUGGCUCCAUAUCACAGCUUAGGUGGAAGCAGUUGACCAAUGUCACUUCCUCUUGUCAUUAUCAACAACCUCCCCUCCUGCAUCUACCACACAUCCUCAUGUGCUUCAAUUACAUAUUAGAUUUAAUAUCAUACUGUAUAAGAAAUGAAAGAUAUGUAUUCUAAAUGAAUGUUGAGAAGUGGAACUGUGUAAUAUUAGCAAUUCAUUAUUCAUGAUGUUCAGUAGUUUUACUUUCUUAAUUUUCUGCCAUUAUUGUAACUGCUGAACUUGUACUAUUAUUGCAAAUUGGUAAUUAAUUGAAGUUGAUAUGGAACCAUAUAUAGGUCUUUAUGAGUAGUAGCUUCCUUGUGUGACGAUAAAUGUUUUGUCUGCAGCUGGUAGUAUUCAGGGGAGACCAAAUAUUGUAGUGCAGUUGAGUUAUGGGACCAGUCACACUAGAGCCCUUGAGGAGAUGGUUAUGGGCUGCUGUUGGGUUUAUUUUAGCUUGAGGGAUAAAGAUUAUUUGUUUAAUCAAACAUUUCAGUUCAAGUUAUUCCUUUAUGACAUUGUUUUUCAGUGUCCGUCUUCAUUACCAUCUGUCCUUUGACUUAACAUUGCACCAUAUCUGUGAUGUGUGGUGCUUUCUUGUUUUUUAUUAACUUGUCUAAGGGCCUUAAAACUUGUGCUGAAAUUAUCUUAUAUUUCCUUCCUUAUAUAUGUGUAACUAGAACUAUACAAAAGUAUACUAAUGAAUGACUGAUAUAGGUUGAAUAAUCUUGAGUUGUAUUUUGUACUCAGUGUGCUGAUUCACUCCUUGAUGAAUGUUGUUUGGUUGUUUAAUGUUGUGUUCUCAGAAUCCAGUUUUGUGUGGUACAGUGAUGCUAAUUUUUGUUUGUUUUUAGGCAUUUGUAAGAUAUUGGCUGACUGAAGAUAUAUAUAAAGGAGCUGUUGAGUUGAUUAUGUUUUGAAUGCAGUUUAUCGCAAACUAAUUAUUAAAACAUGGUACAGAAUAUAUAUGAUAUAACUGCUAUUUAUAAGUAAGAGUUUAUUGAAAACUAUCGUUCCUAUUUGAUCAGUGACAAAAUAUUAAUUGGUAUCAGAUAGCAAUUGAAAAUUAUAAUUUUAUAUUGGCUACUGCAUGAUUAGAUGUAAUAGUGAUGUGCCAUUGAUGUCAAAACAUUUACAAAUUUGCUGUGUGUGUGUGUGUGUGUGUGUUAGCAUAACAUGUGGUUACUAUGCAGCAGGUCGAGCUAUCACCACCUUUACCUCACAAAAAAGGAGAUGUUUUCUUAUCCAUUUUUAGCUUGCAUUAUUGAUAUGGUACCUCUUAUGUUGGCAAUCUCAUGAUUCCAUGUCACAAUAAUGGAACGAGAGGUGUAGUAAGAAACAUUAUUUUAUGAAAAAAUGCCAGAAAUUACAUAAAACUGUUUCAAAAGGAUGAAGUUUUAAAAUGCAUCAAGGAAUGAAUGUGUGUGAAAGGAAAAUGUAUACAGUUAAUAUUGUUGGAUUGUGAAUUCUUUAUUUAAUCUGACUAAAAUGUUGUAUGAAGAAAUCUGAUAAUUUAUAAAAGUUUGAGUAUAUUCAUGCAUUCUCAUGUUGGUUAGUGUGCCACCUCAUUUACUUGCUAGUAGGCCAGAUAUUAGAUAUUAUUAUUAUUAUUAUUAUUAUUAUUAUUAUUAUUAUUAUUAUUAUUAUUAUUAAUGUUAUCAUACAGCUAAUCUACCAAGGUCAUUGGAAUGUUGAUUGUAACAUUCUUUAGUGUUUGAGGGAUUGAGUUGCUUUGUGUUGUGAGGGUGGAGGCAAGACGGCCACACAGCCACAGUGGACCUUGGUGUCACCUCUCUGGGGCAGCUCAGAAAUGCUGGAAUGCUUUGUCUUAUCUGUAACCAGUUUGAUUGAUCUGUGAUUCAUAGUAUAAGGACUAGACACAUUAAUAUAUUAGAUGAGCAUAUGUAUACUACAACUUCGCUAGUGAACAGCCACUUCCUCAGAACUAUGUACAUUGGCAAUGUAAUAAAAGGGCUAUUGUGCAUUUUCAGUUAAGUUUACUUAAUUUUUCAAUUGAUUAGCUAUUUCCUCUCCUAUCCUCAAUACAAGAUGGUGGAAUGUUCCACUCAUAUCUUGCUUGUGUAUGCGUCAUAACAUUGUGUUAGUACUGAUCAGACUUCUGCCUAUUGUGUAAAGCAAGAGGUAAUAGAGAGGCAGCCACGGCCUGAAGGUUGUUGUGACAGACUGACGUGUUAGGCAUCAAAGGAAAUGCAGGUCACACCACUCAAAUAUUGGUAACAUUAUUGACUAUGCUGCAUCUGUGUAAGUUUUGUGAUUCUGUCUACAACUUGCUACAUCCUGGGGGGUUUGAGGCAUAGACAAAUAAGAUUCCUAACUCCUUUGGGAUCUUAUCUUAUUGAAUUGAUAACUUAUGUAAUAAUACUGAUUGAAAUUAAUCACAAAUAAAAUUAAUAUAGAUGA